AUGGCUUGUGAAACUCCCUCCACGACCAAACUAAUACUAGGUCUAGUCUUACUAAUCUCUUUCCUCUACCUUAUAAUCAACUACUACUCUGCAAUUAAGACUUCACACUUACUCGCCAUUUUUAAUUUGAGUGCAACCAAUUCCCUCUUGCCAUGCAAGGAUCCCGAUGCAAGGGAAAAUUUCAAAAGGGCCAAAACGCUGUUGCAAGGUAAGCACAACACCUCCCUCUCAGAAAUCGAUCAAAUCGCCACAAUGGAAAUCGCGCGUUAUGAUUGCUCCUACCAGGACCCUGUCGAACCGAAAAUCAUCUUUAUUAUUAUUAUUUCAUAUGUAUCUCUGGGUUCCCUUCGUUGUCUUAAGGGCUGGACACCGAAUCAUGUGGGUCUUCUCCAUUCCCUCCUGCAAUCGUGUCCGGAACGUGAUCUAAACUCAGCAACGGCUUCGAUUCCUGUCCAGGCGGCUUUGUCGGAGAGUGCCACUGUCCACUGUUUCUCCUUUGUUCGAGCUUUAAUUUCGUUGCGCCUUGAGGUAUGGAAUUUUCUUCUGAUUAAGGCCUUCAUUGCGUGGAAAGACAUCGACCGGUCCAUGCAUUGCAAAAUCGUUGUCCCCAUCUUAGCAAGUGUGUCAGCAAGCCCAUCACCUUUAAUGCCAAUUGAGUUUAUUGCUGACUGUGAGUCCGAAAGUUUCACCGCUUUGGUGAAUUUCGUAUCCAGGCAACAUAAUUGGCAUAGUGUUAUCCUAAUGGCCUCUAUUUCUCCUUCAAAGGCGGUUCUAUUGCGUCCCGCUGCUGCUGAGAAAGAGAAGAAUGAGGUUGUCGAAGGAAGUCCGUUCUUCCAGUCAGAUCAGCAGUGUUGCGAAGGGCGUUUGUUCUUCCAGUCUGAUCAGCAGUGUUGCGAAGGGCGUCGCGCUUCCAGUCUGAUCAGCAGUGUUGCAAAGAGCGUCCCUCCCAGUCUGAUCAGCAGUGUUGCGAAGGGCGUCCCUCUUACAGUUCCUCAAGUUCCUCAAGUUGUUCAAGGGCGUCCCGCUUUCUUUUCAGUUUCUCAAGGUGUUCACAGGGCGUCCCGAUUUCUUUUCAGUUCCUCAAGGUGUCUAGAACGUCCCGCUUUCUUUUCAGUUCCUCAAGGUGUUUAG